CGCUUGCGGUGGGGAAAACCAAAUGCGCCACAUAAAUUCGUCCAGAUAGGCGGGUAGGUACUUCUUUCGAAUUCCGCGCAUUGUUUUGAGAAAGCGCUUGAUACAAUUCGUCCACUAUUUUAUUCCGGAACGACCCAAUCGCUGUCAUUUUUGAUUUCGAUGAGCCGGGCGACAAGCAAAUUCAAGGUGGCGCUGUGCCAACUGGCGGUGGGCGACAAGAAGCCCGUCAACAUCCAACGCGCGAAGGCGGCCGUGGAAGAAGCGGCGCGCAACGGUGCGCAAGUGGUGUCCCUCCCGGAAUGCUGGAACUCUCCGUACGCGACGUCGUCGUUCCCGCAAUAUGCCGAGGAGAUUCCGGCUGGCCCCCUCGUGACGGAAGCGGACCAUCCCUCCACCCAUCUCAUCCUGUCGUUGGCGAAGAAACUCAACAUAUUCUUGGUCGGAGGCAGCAUUCCCGAACGCGACAACGGCAAGAUCUACAACACGUGCGUGAUCGCGGGACCGGAUGGAUCGUUGAUCACCAAGCACCGCAAGGUACAUUUGUUCGACAUCGACGUCCCAGGCAAGAUCACGUUCAAGGAGUCGGACACGUUGACGGGCGGCAGUCAAGUGACGGUGUUCGACACGCCCUGGUGCAAGUUUGGGGUCGGCAUCUGCUACGACAUUCGUUUUCCCGAGCUCGCGAUGCUCAUGAAGGAUGCGGGCGCGAAAUUCCUCAUGUUUCCUGGCGCGUUCAACCUCACGACGGGUCCGGCGCACUGGGAAUUGCUCCAGCGCGCUCGUGCGGUGGACGGCCAGUUGUACGUUGCCGCGACGUCGCCCGCGCGCGGCCCCGAAGGCGGGUACCAAGCGUGGGGUCAUUCGUCCGUGGUUUCCCCGUGGGGUGAAGUGGUGGCCACGACGUCGCACGACGAAGCGAUCGUGUAUGCCGACAUUGACAUUGACCAAGUGGACGAGAUGCGUCGCAACAUUCCCACGACGGUGCAAAAGCGCACGGACCUGUACAAACUCGUGGCCAACUAACGUCGUGUAGUAGUAGUACUAGUUAGAAUCGAGGACUACUACUACUACUAGUACAUUCACCACGAGGACAUUUGGUUGGUUGCUUUGUUGUUGUCAUUAAUAGAUAUACUCGGACCGUUGGAACAGCGGCCGCGC